UUUAACGGAGACGCCAAAACCAAUGCCAACACCAAUACCGCUAACAAGAGCCAAGAAUCCACCGCCACUGCCUCAUGAGCUACACAACAACAUCAGCAGCAACAACAGCAACAGCCAGUACGGCAGUCAGACUGCGCUCAACAAUCAUCAGCAUCCCCAUCAGUAUCAUCCCAACACUCCUCCCACCACAAACACCACACAAACGACUCAGACGACACAAGCGACACAGACAACAAAGACCACACAAACCACACAGCCACCAACGGCAGCUACAACUGCGGCCAAAACUCACCAACAACUGAACACCAACACACCAACGAAAGCUUCGCGUGAGGCAACACCAACACGGGAACAGCAGCGCGAGCAGCAGCGAGAGCAGCAGCGAGAACAGCAGCGAGAACAGCAGCGAGAGCAGCAGCAUGCAACGCCCACACGCGAGCAGAAGCAACACCAACAACGUCGACAGCUUCGCGAUCAGCGUGAACUGCGCGAGCAACGUGAACGUGAAUACCAAGGACACGAACAACACAUCCACGAACACCGCCAUCGUGACCACCACGACCUACAGCAGCAGCAGCACCACCACCACAACCCCCAUCAUUCCCAUCAGCAAUCAUCACAGCAGCAGCAACAGCAACAACAACAGCAUCAGCGCUACAGCAGCAGCAGCAACAGCUACAAAUCUCAUAAUAAUUCCGUUUACCAGUAAAAAAAGUCGAAACUGAAAAAUGCAAUUGGAGCAACAAGUUUUUGGGAACAUUCUUUCAAACUAAAGAACAGCAAUUCAACCAGUCAACAGUUUAGUUGUGCUAACUAAUUCCGACCCAAACAGAACAGAGUCUCUCCCCCCGCCCCUCAUGCACGCCUCCUACUACACUGAACAAAACGCGCUUGACAAAAGAUACAAAUUUGGUUACGUACAUGUGUAUACUUUUAUCCCCUGGAAAAUGCUGUAAACGUAUAUGUGGAAUAUAGAAUACAUUUUUAAUUAAAUGUUGUUGCAAUGAGCCUCUCACCCAGCCCCAGUCACAACACCACCAGUCCCACCUUCCCCAGCUAUUCCCAUAGAGAAUUUCCAUGUCGUGUUGUUUUGUUGUAGCUAAAGAGAUGCUCUAAAAAAAAAAAAUACAAAAAAUAUCCCGAAUGAAGACCAAAAUUUUGGGUUGAAAACUUUUGAGUAAAUCCAACCUUUGAAUAUUCCAUAUAAUUGUUUUUUAUAUUAUUUUAUUUUUUAUUUUAACAAAUAUCAAAAGUAAAAUUUCAACACUGCCAAAGAAAAAAGACAGAAAAAAAGAAAAAAAUCAUAUAGUAUACAAAAAAAUACCGAUAAAAGCCCAGAGCAUCUCCCUUGCUUUCUCCACUCACUCCACUAGCCUCCUAUUUAAGUCCCCAAAACAAUUAUAUGGCCUGCCCCCACCCGCGAGGCAGCAAGUAGAAAUCAACAAAAAAAAACCAACCGAUCCCCAAACUAGAUUAACCAGUCAAGAACCUAACCAGAACCGAGCAGAACAUAACCUAGAAAUCCUAAGACGAAACUCUCUCGAACCACGUACCACGUACCACGCGCUAGUCGAAAUGUGUAAAUCUGUGUAAACAUAUUAUUGUAUGAUUAUUAUUACUAUUGAUUAACAAUCGAGCAAAGUAGUUUAAAUGGUUAGACAUUACGGGCAUUAUGUUUAAACUGAUAAACUGGCAGAAAAGAGUUUAUUUCCACGAUAUUACUGUAGGAGAAGUUGUUCGACGGGAAACCUACAGACAAAACAGAACAGCCCCCAGAAGAGAAUGCAACAGCAAAAUAUGGCAUACAUUAAGAAAACCAAGAGCUUACAAAUGUUAAAAAGAAAACCAAAAAUAAUAACAAUUAACGUAUCUAAAGAAUCCACUAAGCAGUAAGCAAAAAGAAGACGAUGCAGAGAAACAAAUUAGGAAAUGAAAAACAGCCGAAGACACUGUAAAUGUAAAAAGAAUAAGCCACAAAAAAGCUUUUGUUACACUCUCACGGACACCAGCAGACACACACACUGAACACACACAUAAGCACUAGUAUUCACACACACACUGAACACACAUACGCAUACGCAUGCAUAUUGCCAAAUUUUUUAUAGAAUUCAAGCAGCAAUAUAUAAUUCACAGCCACAAAACACUCAAGAACAAACAAAUAAGAGCCCACCUAAGCAAAAGAUAAUUUGUAAAAAUUAAAGAUAAUCUUAAAGCUAAAUCGCAAGUCAUGUAAAAAUUAACAAAAGUAAAUAUAUUCAAGACAAGAUACCCACAAGCAGAGGCCACGCCCAUAACCACACACACACACACAAACACACACGAACACAGCACACUGACACCCACUCGAAAAACUUAGCCAGAGAAGCGCAUACAAAAAAAUUUUGAAAUUUAUCCAAAAUAUCAAACAAUAUUCCUGCAGUGUUGUAGAGUUGAUCGAAAAGAAUGGAUGAGAUUGAACGAAACUUAUAAAGCAUCCAUACAUUCUGUGCCCCUCUUUGAGCGAUCAUCCGAUCGACUUGACAGCACUGCCGAGAUAUCCCUGUUAUUAGUACAACUUAAACUGCACACUGCACAAUUUUUGAAUGUUUGUUAAAUGUUAAAUCAACACCAGAAAAAACCAGCUGCAAAAUUGUAUUCCCCUUCACAAACUUAGUAAGAUUAUGUAUAUCCCUCACACCACACCACACCACACCCUUACUAACCAGCCCGAUCCCAAGCCAAUCCCCGAUUCCGAAUCACAACACCAGCCCCAAUCCCAAUCCAAACUCCAACCCCAACCCAGAGCCCCAAAAAAUGGUAAACGAAUUAUGAAACUACAAAGGGAAGGAGCUACGCUAUUCUACCACUAGGAGAGCUACCAAUAACAUUUACGCUGUAGAGAAAAACUAAAACGAACGCUUAGAAUUUGAGGUUGAUUGGCAUUAAGUAAAAGUUAAACGAUGUUGAAGAAUGAAGAGCCGGGCCGACAGGGCGCGAUCACGAGCAAAUAAAAAAUAAAAGAAUAAAAGAGUAAAAGAAUAAAAACCAAAUCUUAAAGAAGAACAAAAACCAGGGCACGACCUAACAACUGAUUGUGCAACAACCAGAAACUUCAUAUAUAUUCUGUAAAAUAUUAGCAAAAACAAAACAAAACAAAACAAAACAAAAACCUUUUUAAUAGAAAACAAAGCUAUUUUUCGCUCUCUCUAUGGAUCGAUGAGCCGAUCUACCGGUGUACCGAUCCACCUAUGUAUAUCUGUCACUCACUCAAUCGUUCAAUCACUUGGUCAGUCAUCGUUUUGGCAAUUGAUUUGUUGUUGAUUUCGUUCGUUGUGUGUGAUAGUGUUUGGAUUCAAGUGAAACUUUUGCAUGUCUUACGUACGUAGAGCAACUUGUUCGACACCCAAGUCCAGGUCCAAGUCCAAGUCCCGCAACAACAGCUUAACUUUGUGUCUAGAGAUAUACUCGUACAAUAAACAUAUAUAGUUAUAGUAUGGCUUGUUUUCUCCAUUACGAAACUAACAGAAUCCAUUUCUCUGCUAAGCUCUCUCUCUCUCUCUCUCUCUUAUUAACUCUCUAUGUAUGUAUGUAUGUAUGUACGUGUCUGUAUGGAAAGCAAAAAAAAGCUAAACAAAGAAAAAAAUAAAACCACAGAAUAUUUAUUAAACAAAUUGAGAAAUUGAAUCGUUAACGAGAUAUUGUACUUGUACUUUUGUUGACUAUUAUGUAAUUAAACGCUUUACUGUAUAUUAGUUAUGUACAUUUUUAGCUACAUACAUGAAAACGAUGAAAAUGAUGAAAAUUCGAAACAAAAAACAAGCUUAUGCUGUUACUUAUUGUUAGUGAUUCUACCACAUAAAAGACAAACAAAAAUCUAAUUACAAAUACAAAUUACAAAUUGAAUUUUCCAAAAUUUAUAAACACACAAAACACUCAGUUUACGAUGUCCGAGCGGGGAAUGUAUGUGUAUGUAUCAGCGGAUUAACGGAUUAAUUACCCCUGACAGGCCGGACGGACGGACGCCUCUGUAUAUUGCGAUAGAUUCCGAAGACAAGGCUUACCUAACUUUGAAACUAUCAGAUAAAUAUCUAACUAACAUAAUAUAUACAUGAAAUACAUGCUAAACAUAACACAUACUAUACAUAUAUCGUAUUUAUAGAAUGCUAAACUAUAUCUAAAUUGUAAACGACAAUGAGAAGCAAUUUUAAGCAAAGCCACCAAAAAACAAUUUCAAUUUAUGUAAAAUUCAAAUACAAUUUCAAUUUCAACUUCAACACCCUCACACACACACCCCCCCCCCCACACACACACACACAGUUACACACAAACACACACCGAUGAAGCAAACUAUAUACAACAGUAUAUGUAUAGUAGGUACUUACUAUAUAGGAAUACGAUUACAAAACAACAACAAAAAGGCUAUCUAUAUGCUAUGCUUAUAAAAGGGUAAACGGCAUUUAAACUCAUUCAACCAACACCAAACAGAAACAGCAACAGAAAAUCGGAAUAUCGGAAUCAGAAUCGAAAUCGGAAUCGGAAGAAGAAACGAAAGCUUAUAAAUACCAUGCGAAAACGUACUAUAAAUGUAUGUAUGUAAUAGAAAGAAGCCACAAACCACAAACAACCAUGUACCACUUAAAUAUCGUAAAAUAAAUAGCAAUAGCCGAUAGUUAAUAUGGAUUCUAGUCGAUAUGGAUAACUGUAUUACCGAUUAGCAGAGCCUCAGCCGAAGCAAACCAGUUGUAAAAUAAAGAUUGAGCUAGACUUUUAAUCAGAGAUAAUCCAACUUGUAGAUAUAUCGAUAAAUAUAUAUGUAUAUGUAAACGUAUAACUGUGUAUAUUGAACAGAUAGACAAGAUCUCUUAUUAUUUCCAGGUCUCGCUUUUGAGUUGAUCUCCCCCUUACAGACAACCCCCUUAUUCAUUCAGACCAGACCAUAAAAACCAACAACAAACAACCAACUAAAACUACAACAAAAAACAAACUGUGCCACCUAGUACAUAACAAGAAAUGGUUAUAUAUCUGUAUCUGCUAUAUAGACACGACAAACACAAACAAACACUGACUUGUAAUAUAUAUAUACAUAUAUAUACAUAUAUAUAUAUAUACCUAGAUAUAUAUAUAUAUACAUAUAGGAAGAAGAACGGAACGAAUGAAGGUAAAUUUCAAUGCUCACUUUUAUAUUUUUUAUCAUACAUACAUAUAUCAAGAAAAAGCAAAAGAAAAUUUAGGAAAAGUAAAGAAAAGUAAAGAAAAGAACACAAGAACAAAGCACCGUAUGAACCACUGAACCACAAAACCAAAUACAAAAACAUAUAGUCAAAUUCUCAUAGCAAAAGAACAUAUAUUUAUAUAUGGUAUAUGUACAAUUUGAAUUUCUUUCUUUAACCGAACCGAACCUGCACCUACAAAAAGUGGUUUCUAGAGCCAAUUUGCUUUGCUUGCGAGACAGCAACCCCCAGAUGUACCGAAAAUUCCUUUUAUUUAUGUUGAAUCUCUAAUCUGAUCUGAUCUAAUCUCUUUAUCCCCAUCCGAAAAAAAA